UCGAAAAGGAGAGGAAAUAUGCUGAGAAUCGGUAAUUCGCUAAAACCCUAAAGCCUCCCUCGGGCUCUCCGGUGCAAGAGGAGAGAGUGAGAAAAAUGGCGUCUUCGGUCCACCUGACCAAUCUCAAAGACCUAAUCUCGCCAAACCUCCGCCACACCACCUUCACGCAUUCCAUUUCCAGGGCAAGCUUCUGCUCCAACGUUAGCAAGAGGAGGUCUCCAUGGAGACGGAGCCGGGCAAAAUCAAGCGGCGCGAGCUGCUCCUUCGUCCCCAUGGAGUCGGCCAAGAUAAAGGUGGUCGGAGUUGGCGGUGGCGGCAACAAUGCCGUCAAUCGCAUGAUCGGAAGUGGUCUGCAGGGUGUCGACUUUUACGCCAUAAAUACAGAUUCUCAGGCAUUACUACAGUCUGCAGCAGAGAACCCCCUACAGAUUGGAGAGCUCUUGACUCGUGGAUUAGGUACAGGAGGAAACCCAACUUUGGGAGAGCAGGCAGCGGAGGAAUCAAAGGAAGCCAUAGCCAAUGCUCUUAAAGGGUCAGAUCUCGUGUUCAUAACAGCUGGUAUGGGUGGGGGAACCGGAUCUGGCGCUGCUCCAGUUGUUGCCCAGAUAUCCAGGGAAGCUGGUUAUCUCACUGUUGGGGUGGUUACCUAUCCUUUCAGCUUUGAAGGACGUAAAAGAUCUCUGCAGGCAUUAGAGGCUAUUGAGAAGUUGCAAAAGAAUGUGGACACACUAAUAGUGAUUCCGAAUGAUCGUUUGCUUGACAUUGCUGAUGAGCAGACACCCCUACAGGAUGCUUUUCUUCUUGCUGAUGAUGUCUUACGCCAAGGGGUCCAAGGAAUUUCUGAUAUAAUCACAAUACCUGGACUUGUAAAUGUGGAUUUUGCAGAUGUAAAGGCAGUCAUGAAGGACUCUGGAACUGCAAUGCUUGGUGUAGGGGUUUCCUCCAGCAAAAAUCGCGCAGAAGAAGCGGCCGAACAAGCUACAUUGGCUCCUUUGAUUGGAUCAUCAAUUCAAUCAGCUACUGGAAUUGUCUAUAAUAUCACUGGAGGGAAGGAUAUAACCUUGCAGGAAGUAAACAGAGUUUCCCAGGUGGUGACAAGUUUGGCUGAUCCUUCUGCAAACAUCAUAUUCGGUGCUGUUGUCGAUGACCGAUAUAAUGGUGAGAUUCACGUGACUAUCAUUGCGACAGGUUUCUCGCAAUCUUUUCAGAAGACGCUUCUCACUGACCCCAAGGCUUCCAAACUAAUUGACAAAGUAGCAGCUCAAGAAAACAAGGGCAUGCCUCUGCCUCUCAAAAUUCCCGCCUCUCCUUCCCCUGUUAAUUCCAAGUCUCCACCGCGAAGGCUCUUCUUCUGAUUAGACUAAUCUUUAUACUUCUUUAUUUUGCGUUUUGUCUAAUGUUGUGAAGCGCAAUUGUUUGCUUAGUCCUGUACUUAAUUCA